AUGGCUCUAGUGGCCUGCGGCGAGGGCGGAGUGGACGGGGAGGGGCGGCACGUCGAUGCGAGGAGGAUGGCGGCGUCGGUGGCGGUCCACGGCGACGGGACGGAGCAAGGUGGCAGCGGCUCCGGCGAGAUGCGGCGGCAGCGUCGCGAGUGCGGGGCGAGGAGGAGGAACGGGGCCCGGGGCUCUGAUCCAACGGCUGGCGGUGGUGGUUACCGGUCGGCGGCGGCGGGGUUCGUCGGUGUCGGAGAAGACGGCGGCGGGCGGCUCGGCUCGACCGGAGCGCUGGCUCUGGUGGCCUGCGGCGAGGGCGGAGUGGACGGGGAGGGGUGGCGCGUCGAGGCGAGGAGGAUGGCGGCGUCGGCGGCGGUCCACGGCGACGGGAUGGAGUGA